GGUUCCCAAACCAGAUGGCAGCAGAGGCCGGAUGUCCCGCUUUGCUUGGCCAGCGCAUGCGCAGCGCGCGCUCUCGCGAGCUGACCCGGAGAGAGUGGAGCUGCCAGUACUGACAGCGGUGAGUCCUGGAUUCUCUGUGGUUUUGAGCAAGUCAUUUAGCCAUACUGAGCCUUAACUUCUCCAACUGGAAAGCAAGACGUACUAACUGUAUCUAGAGAAUUGUUAAUGAAGUCUAAAUGAGAUGAAAGUGUGUGGUAGACUGGAUGUGAUUGCCAUUUGAGGCUGAACAUGGCAGAAGAAGAGGACUACAUGUCUGAUUCCUUCAUUAAUGUCCAAGAAGAUAUCAGACCAGGAUUGCCAAUGCUGAGGCAAAUCCGAGAAGCCCGUCGAAAAGAAGAAAAGCAACUGGAGGCUAAUUUGAAAAAUAGGCAGAGGAGUUUAAAAGAAGAAGAAGAAGAAAGACGUGACAUUGGGUUGAAGAAUGCACUAGGCUGUGAAAACAAAGGGUUUGCUUUGCUCCAGAAGAUGGGUUAUAAAAGUGGUCAGGCUCUUGGCAAGAGUGGAGAUGGCAUUGUUGAACCGAUUCCUCUCAAUGUCAAAACCGGGAAAAGUGGCAUUGGUCAUGAAGCCUUAUUAAAACGGAAAGCAGAGGAAAAAUUAGAAAGCUACAGAAGAAAGAUUCAUAUGAAAAACCAAGCCGAAGAAAAAGCUACAGAACAAUUUCGAAUGAGACUUAAGACUAAGCAAGAUGAAAUGAAGCUAGAAGGAGAUCUUAAGAGAAGCCAGCGAGCCUGUCAACAAUUGGAUACCCAUAAGAAUGUUCAGGUUCCCAGAGAGGCAUGGUACUGGUUGAGGCCUGAACAAGAGAAUGAAGAAGAGGAAGAGUCAGAAGAAAAAGAACAGGAUGAAGAUGAAUAUGAGAGUGAAGAUUUAAGUGUACUAGAAAAAUUACAAAUAUUGACCAGUUAUUUAAGGGAAGAACAUCUGUAUUGUAUUUGGUGUGGAACAGCCUAUGAAGAUAAAGAAGAUUUAACUUCAAAUUGCCCAGGACCAACUUCUGCAGCUCACGACUAAAAAUAUUCUCAAUAAAGUAGAACCUAGAAAAAUGCCAAUGUUUCCUAGAGAUAGACAACUGAGUAAUUAGAAUUCCCUAAUUUUUUGAUGCCAGUAAAGAAAGAGGGCCUUUUAAUAUAAUUAUAAUGUUUUGUUUUUGUAUUUUAGAAGGAUAUAAUUGUUCACUGACUUGAAAAAUUAAUAGGAUGCUAUUUCAGAAUGUAAGUAGCAUGGCCGUAGUCAUUUACAAUUUAUAGCUGCAUUGUGAGGCUUGUGAGAUUUAAGGGCACCAACAGCUUAACUCCCUUCUUCCCCACUUCACUUUGGAACAAACUGAAAGAUAAGACAGAGGAGUCAGAGGGAGAUCGAAAUAUCAGUUUUAUCAGUGAUGAAGCUGAAAGAGAGAGCAAGGUUGACUUGUUCUCCAAUUAGACUCCUAAUAUUUCUCCCUGAUUGGGGGGGCCCACCUUUGCAUCAUGAGACUGGGAAGUUCCCAAGGUUAGAGAAUCCACACAUGCUCAAUAUCAUUAAUCACAUAAGACACCUUUCUGUUGGGAAGAAAUGAAUGAGGGUCCAGAGAACUUCUUCCGAUAUUUCUCUCUCCCAAGAAGUCCCCUUUCCCCUAAUGAGAAGUAGGGGGAAAGUAUUCCCCUCAAAAACACUGAUAACAGAGGUACUGUUGCAUUAACACUGUUAGAUUCUAGAGGCAGAGUAAUUUUCAUGUUUUUGAUUAAAUUGUGAGUUUUCAUGGAAAUAUUAAUAUUCAUUGUAAGUGAUAUGUUGCAGGUUUGACUAAAGAAACUCAGAGUUAGAAGGAACCUUAAAUAUCAUGUGAUCAUCUGAUGCAACUACCUAAUGAAUUCCCAGCAGAUAGUAAUCCAACCUCUUCAUUCCUCCAGCUUCAGAGAACUCACUGCUUUAAAACAGACAAUUACAUUGCUGGGUAGAUUUAAAAUAUAUAUAUAUAUAUAUUUUUUUUUUUUUUAAUUGUUUUUUCAUCUUAAUCUAGACUCUGCUUCCCUAUAAUCUAAUCAAGUAGAGCUAGGGACAUACCAUGUUGCAUACCAAUAGAGAGCUCCAUCCAAGGUUGGGCAUCAAAAUCAUGAACUUUUUUUUUAAAGUUCACAUGCCCAGGUAUCUCCCCUAAUGACUUUUGAUUCAGUUAGUCCAGGGUAGUUCCUGGAUAUCUGUGUUUAUUUUGAAGCCCCAAAAAUGAGCCUGAUAAGCACCUGAAGAUGGGAACCAGUUAUGUAGGUUAAAUAUAAAACAUCGCUCUUCUUCAGAUAAAGUUGUGCAACCAGUUGUGACUUUACCUGUACAAGUUUACAGCUUACCUUUCAGGAGCAAUGAGCAAGAGCUCAACCUCUUCUUCCUUUUAUUAGAAACAGUUAACACAAGAAAAUAGUAAAAGCUACGCUUGCACAGGUUAAGAUAAUCAAUAGUACAACUUGUAUUAGCCCUUGAUCUAAUAUGACCUACUUUACUUGUUCUCAAGUUUAACUUGGAGAGCUUUAAAAAAAAGAUAACACAAGGGUCUCACUCCCAAGUGGUCACUGUGGCCUGGGCAUCACGCCCGUUGCUUCAAAGAUGCAGCAGAGAUUGAGAACCGCUAACCUUGCUAACUUCUGGGCCUCAGUUCCUCAUCCAGAAAAUGAAUUAUUAUUUUUAUGAAUGUAAAGAUGUAUAAAUUAUUGGCAUUCCUGGUUGAAUAUUGUUUAAUAUUUACUUUUUUGUUAAAAAAAUAAAAUUGUAUUUGUAGCCAAAACAAAUGAAUACACCUUUCUGUUGGAAUUAGAAUCAAAUCCUUUUCUGUCAUUUCAGCUAACAUAGUGGCAUUCAGUCUCAAAGCGACAUGAAUAAUUUCAGAUGGAAUAGAAUUAGACAGGAAGUAACUUUUCUUUCGACUCUUACUGUGAGGACAACCCACCACCUGCCCAGGGACCUAGAAUAUUUCAAAUGUGUUUAUCAAGAAUUAUGCUGAGAGUGUAGGAAUAACGCUGAUGUAAGCUGGGAUUGUGGUCCACACUUCCAGAGCAAGGGCCUUGGAAAGUAGGAGAGGUCCCUCCCACUCUUGUCCAUCUAAGACAACUUAAAAAAUUCAAGUUUUCAAUAUGAGUAGAAACUCAUUUUCAUUUAUAUAGGACUUUUAUGGCUUCACAACUAGACAGUAAUGAGACUGAGGGAGCAAAACUCCGAAAAGAAAUUUUAAUUUGCUUUAAAACAUUUAUAUGAAAUUUGAAACUUUUAAAACAAAGUGCGUUUUAACCUCAUGUUACCAUUUACUUUGUUUAUAUUGUGCUACAUGUAUUUUCAAAGUCCUCUACAAUUUCUAAAAUGUUUCUUUUUCAUAAUUAUAAAUCCAAAAUACUGUAGCUUCUCAAAUUCAGAAUAAGCAAAUGCACUUUAAUGUAACAAACCAGUUUACUUUACACAUUUACUGUUUUUCGGAAAACAUUUAAUUACUGAACAUUGAAAGUGAGUAUUAUUAUUUAAUAUGAGACAAAUUUUGUAGGAUCAAGCAUAAGAGAUUCUUAAUACUUCUUUUUAUUCCCCACCAAUUCAAAAAGCACUUAAAGAAAUUCUGCUUUAUGCAGGGUACUGUACUCGAUGCACACUUAUGCACAAAAAUGAGAGGGUUUGUCCCUGCUUUCCAGAAAUUCACAGUAUAUUGAAGAAACAAACCAGGCAGGAAAACUGAGCUGGAAGGUAGACUGGUAAGCAUAAUAAUAAAGCACUAAAUGAUGACCAUGGAAAAGAUUAGUUCCAAGAGGGAGGUAGUGGAACACUAUGGAAGUACCCUUGAUUUGAGUUCUGAAUGAUGGAUGUAACUUCUUUGAUAUGCAAAAUUGUAAGGAAGGAGUUAUCAUUUGACCCAACAAUUCCACAUCUAGGUAUAAGUGCUGGUUUGGAUAUAUUAUGUCCCCCCAGAAAAGCUAUGUUCUUUAAUGCAAUCUUGUGGGGGCAGACUGAUUAGUCUUUUGAUUAGAGUGGAACUUU